AAAGUGUUUGAUAACCACAAGUGUGCUUGUGCAUGUGCUUUAAUAAUUUCAAGUUAUUAGAGAAUAAUUUCACACAAUCGUGCAUCAUAUUUGGAUUAUUCUGGUACCGACUGUGCUCUACAAGCGUCAGGCGAACGGAUUUCAAUGCACGUUCGUGAGUAGUUGAGAGGAAUUCACACUUUGCGGUUGCAACUUCAUCUCAACUUCGAACAUUUCAAUUUCAUGUCAGAAUCGUCUGUAGGCUUUAGAAGCAGUGCAGAAAUCAAUCUCAGAUCUGGAUGCUACAAACCCAGUGACUGGCUAAAUAAUUCAAAAUGUUUGCUGCUGUGAGUUCUCUACUUGGAAUGGAUCGGAGUGAGUCUCCUGCGAAGCCAUUGAAAGAUGAGGCUGUCCAACCUGCAGAUGCAGCUUGCAAUAUAGAAGCAGCUUCAAGUGCGUGUCCUGGUACAAAUCUCCCAGAAUCCCCUAUUCCGCUUAGAACAGAGGGCACACAACAGGAUUCAGAUAACAAAUCAACUGAACUCAGUGACAAUGAGAAUGUUGGAAAGUCAAGUGAUGAAGAUAUGGAGACUGCAGAUGAGCUGUCUCCAGAGAAACCUCCCAAGAAACAACACCAUAUUACAAGCACUGAACAGGCCACAUUUAACAAUGGAACAACAGCUGCCCCAAUUAAUGAUAAAAACCCAAAUGAAAACAUUGAUCCAUUAGCUUCUAAUACUGAAGACAUUGAUAUGGUUGAUACAGCAAAGGAUAUCGAGGUGCCAAAUCCACUGCCAAAUAGUCCUAAAGCUGCAAAUCCUGGUAACACUGGGACUGAAGAGAUGGAGCCUAGUAGUCAUCCCGAGGCCGCCUUAGGGGUUGAGCUUGAUCCAGGUUCAAGUUCCCCUAAGCCUACAACAGGAGCUGAAGCUGGUGAUGGCCUUACUGAUGCUAUGAUUAAAGAGGAGGAAAAGAUGCACCAGAAAACUGUUGAAGAGGAAACAAAAUUGAAGGAAGAACAUAGCAAGGCAUUUGCCAAUCUAGAUGAGGAGACAAGAGACAUGAAGUACCAGCAGCUACAAUUCCUCCUGCAGAAGAGCAACAUGUACACAGUGUACUUGUCAGAAAGGAUGAAGAGGCAGCAGGCUGAGCAGGAGAAGAAGAUGCAGAGAUUGAUGAAGAGGAGAGAGUUAAAGAAGAAGAAAGAUGAAGAGAAGAGGCUGAAGGAGGAACAAGAACAGAAAGCCAAAGAGGAGGCUGAGAAAAGCAAAUCAAAUGAACCAUCCCAACCAGGGGCAGUUUCUCCAGGCAAAGCUACAACUCCCUUGACUUCCCCAAGGUCUACACGAUCUAGCAGGUCUCUGCAAUCUCCAGGCAGCAGCAGUGUAGGAUCCACUGGCAGUGUGGGUAGAAGGCUAACCAGGGGGAAAGAUAAGACAGGACAAACGGACAGUCAAGAAAGCCAAGCCUCCACACCUGGUAGGAGAGGGAGGAAAAGGAAAGCUGAAAGUAUAAUAGAGAAAACUGAGGAAUCUAAGAAGGUGAAGGUAGAUGAAAGUCAGACCAAAGACUCUAUCCCAGAAGGGGAAGAAAAACUUAAAACAGAAGGUGCUAAAGAACAGGUAAAGCCUGCAACAGAGAUCUCUGACACAGACAAACCCAAACCUGAUGAUACAAACCCAAAUGCAAAGAAAACAAAUGAAGAUGAACUUAAGUCCAAUGUGGUAGAAGCAGAUGAUUCUAAAUCUGACAGUGACAAAGCAAAAGUUGAGAACAAUGACAAAUGGAAUGAAGAAGUUGCUGAUGAAGAAGAAGUUGAUGAUGAUCUAGAUGAUGUGGAAAUGUAUCAGACAACUGCUGAGCUUGUGGCUGAGCUAGAAAAAGUGCCUGAGUUAGCAUGUGAAGGCAAAGAGAUCAAAGGAGAGAAAGUGUUGAAGGGGCAGCCACCUCUCUUCAAUGGUGGAUGUCUCAGGGAAUACCAGAUAGAAGGAAUGAACUGGCUCCAGACACUCUAUGAGAAUGGAGUGAAUGGUAUACUGGCUGAUGAGAUGGGCCUUGGCAAAACAAUCCAGUGCAUAGCAACAAUAGCUAGUCUAACUGCUCGCAGAGUGGAGGGACCUUACCUGGUUGUUGCCCCAUUGUCUACCCUACCUAACUGGCUUUCAGAGUGCAAGAGAUUUGCACCUAAGUUGCCCGUGAUACUCUAUCAUGGAGACAAAAACUCACGUACAAGGCUUCGCAAGAAAAUUAACCGACGUGUCAAGAUUGGCUACGCUGGUCUGGAAACCUGUCCAAUUAUAUUGACAUCCUAUGAGGUCGCUAUGAAAGAUCAGAAAAACAUUGCACAUUUCCCAUGGAAAUAUCUCAUCGUAGAUGAAGGACACAGGAUCAAAAACUUUGAGUGCAAGCUGAUACAGAAUCUCAAGAUGUAUCGCUCUACCCAUAGACUACUGCUGACUGGGACUCCCCUACAGAACAACCUCUCUGAACUAUGGUCCCUCCUGAAUUUCCUUCUACCAGAGAUAUUUGAUGACCUGGGAAGCUUCCAGGCCUGGUUCUGUGACUUGGAAUACCUUCAGAGCUCUGAGGCAGCCAAAGAGAUAGUGGAGGAAGAAGAGAGGAAGAAUGUUCUAGCUAUGAUGCACCAGAUCCUGAAACCAUUCAUGUUGAGGAGACUUAAGACAGAUGUUUGUCUAGCGAUUCCUCCCAAGAAGGAAGUGAUUGUCUACGCCCCUCUAACAACACUACAGCAACAAUUCUACCGCACAACCAUCGACAGAACAAUCUUAAAUGUCAUUGAAAAUAAAAAUAAACCUGAAACCCCUGUUAAAGUGGAGCUGAACUCAAAGGGGCGACCAAUGCGUCAGAGUGCAAAGAAAACUGUAGACUAUGCUGCCAUGAUGCUUACUGAGAAGGAAAAGGAAGGAAAGGAUGAUGAUGACAUCGAACAGUGGGCUAAGGACAUGGCAGAAUCUAUUUCUAAAGGAAUCGAAGAAAACAAAAGUGGAAAAACAAAAAAUACAAAUGCAUUUUUGCGAAUUAAGCUACAGAACAUUAUGAUGCAGCUGAGAAAAGUCUGCAACCAUCCCUAUCUUCUAGAAUACCCCAUCAACCCAGAGACAAAUGACUUUCGCAUCGAUGAAGACCUCGUGAAAAAUUGUGGAAAGACUCUCCUGCUGGAUAAAAUGCUCCCUGUCUUAAAAAAGAAAGGUCACAAGGUGUUGAUAUUCUCCCAAAUGACCAUGAUGCUAGAUAUUCUUCAAGACUAUUGUUGGCUCAGGAAGUACAAGUGUCAGAGACUGGAUGGAGCAUGCAAUUUGGAGAGUAGACAGGAAUCUAUUGAGGAGUUCAACACAGACAAAGAAUCAUUUAUAUUUCUGCUGAGUACAAGGGCAGGGGGUCUAGGGAUCAACCUUACAGCUGCUGAUACUGUCAUUAUAUAUGACAGCGACUGGAAUCCCCAGUGCGAUCUACAGGCUCAGGAUAGGUGCCAUCGUCUGGGUCAGGAGAAGCCAGUAGUUGUCUACAGAGUGGUGACUGCCAAAACUAUAGACCAGCGGAUAGUGGAGAGAGCAGCUGCCAAGAGAAAACUAGAGAAAAUGGUCAUAUCUAAAGGCAAAUUCAGGUCUGGUUUACAAAACUUUGUACCAGAGCUUGACCCCCUGAAGCCAGAGGAGCUUCUGGAGACACUGAGGUCAGCAGACUUUGAGUCAUCAUUUGCUGGGAGAGAAGGUAACGUGAUCAGCAACCGUGACCUUGAAAGGUUAUUAGAUCGCAGUGACCUAUGGGAGCAGUGGCAAGAGAAGUUGAAGGACAAGUUGAAACCUGGUGAAAAAACAAAACUGCAGACGAAGCCAAAAUCUCGGAGAAGCAAAUCCAAGCACCAAGAUGUGGAGGGUGUAUUCAAAACUAUAGACACAGAUAUGGGCCAGUGGUCAGAGACAUCUAUUAUCAAAAGCUCUGAUGAAGGCAGUAGCUAGAGCAUGACCUUGUUUAUUGUAGCUGGAGUCUACAAUCCUAUGUUAUGAACAACAGAUUCGGUGUUUUUAAAUUGCAUUCAAAUAAAUAGAUAAUUGGGGACUAAAUGUUUGAUGCAGAACUAAUUAGAAGUGUUUAAUGAACAUUUUCAUCACUAUAAUACUACAUUUGUAUAGUUUAAUGAGCAGUAGUAUAGCCAUGACAACUACAGCCAAUAGAGACCUUUUAACAAAAAUAUUGUAUUUCACAAAUCUUGAAAUGGAAAUGUCUUUCUUAUUGCAUAAUGAAUAGGACAAUUUACAAUAUAUUUGGGAAAUGGUCCCUGACCUGUUCAACUUUUCCCAUCAAGGCCAAAGAAAUAGAAGUCAAAUAAGACCUUUGAUGAUUGUUUGAUUUAAAAUUAGAUCUAGUGAUAGGGCAUCUUUCAUAACUUAAUAAAGAAAUCCUAAGACAUAAUAAUCCAAUAAAAGUAAAUUUGAAAAUAUUAUAUAUAAUAUGCUUAUAAGCCUACUUAAUUUUACUUUAAAUCUCAGGAAUAUAAUUUGCAGAUCACUAAGACAGUCCAGACAUUGAUUGAGCCAAAAGUGUAUUAUUAUAUAUUUUUUAUAUACAGUAGUCAGUAGUUACUUUAUUUUUAUAUUUCUAUAGCCUAUAGACAUGAUAGAUAGAACUGUAUGUAUUUGCUUAUUUUAAAACAAAAUACAUUUUUUGGUGAAGAGAAGACCAUUUGUACUUGCGUCUCAUGGAUCUUACUAAAAUAUUGCAGAAUUUUUGUUAUUUUGUGACAAAAAGUUCAUGAUUCAUAUUUGUUUUAAAUUUCAAGAUAUGAGCACCAAAGAUCAAAAGAAAUUGAAGAUGUUAUAAUAUUGUUGCAUUCUGUCAGAGUUUAAAAGUUGUAGCCAUACUGAAUGUGAUAUACUGUAUCAAUUCAAAUAUAAGACACCUUAGUUGUACCAUAUUUGUAAUCUGUAAGGUUAUAUAUGUUGAA